AAAGAGCUGUGUUGUCAAUGCUGUGGACCAGUUCUCUUGAACCUCUGGACAUCAAGCUGAUUUACAGCCCUCCGAGAUGGAACCUUCUGGGAAAAGCCAAUCUGACUUAUCCUAUAUUCUAUUUAGUUUCCAAGUUUGCAGACAGAGAGUUGAUUCAUCUUGGACCUCCUAUAUCACCAAGCAAAAGUACACUGUGUGAACCCAUAUAUCAGCCACUUUUGGACUUUCAGGAGAAUCUGAAGGAUUUUGAGGACUUGACUGAAGCCAGAAAAUCAUGUCUUCAGGAGAAAUCACAGGCCUCAGUAGCAAACAACCAACCUCCUUCUUCAAAUAUCCAAGCAAUGACAAACACAAGCGAAGUUCCUCCCCGGUCACUAAUGGAAAACAGAACUAUUACCAGGAGUCCUUUGCCUCAGCAGGACAUGAGGUUUAAAGACCUUCUGAAGGCAGUAGAUGACAAUAUUUCCAUGCCAAUAAAAUGGCACCCUGGUAAAGAAGGCACCAACCUCCUAAUGACUGUCUCUCCCCAGGUCUCCCCUCUUCCCAGGCUGCAACAAACUGCCCUGAGAGAAACCAAAGCUAGAAAGAUUUCCAGGCUAGGCGGAUCACAGCAACAUACAAAUAUCUGCCCGCUGCUUUUAGUCAGUGGUUCAAAACCACCAGCCUUCCCCAUGUCCCAUGAGCAAAUACUUACUGUAAGAAGUAUGAAGCAGUCUAAAGAAAAACCAUCUUAUUGUUGCAACAAGAAAGCUAAGAAAAACUUGAACCAACUCAGACGUACAUCUAAAACUACAGAUGUAAAUCUUCCAGCUUUAUCUCCACCAUAGCAAGCCAGGCUCAGGGAAAAAGCAGAGAUUUUAAGGUUAAAUUUUACAUAAAUAAAGCACUCACAUAGCAUCAGUAGAGAAAAAAAAAAGUGAAAAAGAGUGGGAAAGAAAUAAGGAUGGUCAGAAACCAAGGGAGAGGAGGAAGGAAGGAGAGAUUUAUCAGAUCUUAACAUAUGACACCUCUAAACACAAAGAAGGAUGAUACGUGUAUCCUCUGAUUUCUAUCUCAAAUUGGGUUACAGAUUUUUUUGGAGCACACCAAAGGUGCAGAAGAAUAAACACCACUGUAACAGAACAGCAUCCAGGACAUCUAAGUGAAAAAGUGCAAGCAGAAGAUAUGUUUUUAAGUAUUUUGAAUCAAUACAUGCAUUGUUCAAACAUGUGUUACUUGUGCUUAUGCACACAAUUCAGGAAAUAAAUCUGGUCAGGCAGUUUUCAUUAAGCUGUGAACAUAAAGCAAACGUUA